CAUAUCAUAACUAAAACCGUUAACAGUUAAGAGUUAAAUAACGCCGUUACCGAUGCCGGAAGCCGUCGUCGAUUUCCGAGCUCCGCCGCCGUCUCCGGUUGCCUCAGGACGGCGAUCGUCGGUAACUAAUGACGAAGUUUUAACGGAGUUUCUAGAAUCCUCGCUCCGCGUCCCUGAUCUCGUGUUGCCCGAUAAGUUCUUCCCGAAACAGAAGCUUCUAGAAACUCCGCCAAAGGUCGACUUCGUUUCUCUCUGUUUUCACCGUGACGAGGCGGAAUGCGAUGCCGUUUUGGACGCCAUGGCGAAAAUCGGGUGCUUCCAGCUCAUGAACCACGGGAUUCCGAGGGAGCUCGUGGUGUCUGCUGCGGAGGCCGCCGCCGGAGUGUUCGGUGUGCCGCCGGUGAAGAGAGAGGCUUUGAUGAGGUCACCGGAGAAGCCUUGGGGUUAUGAAGAGUAUCAUGGCGGAGAAGAAGAAGAAGAAGUGAGUGAGAUGUGUGAAGAGUUCGUGUGGUGCAGAGAAGACGAGUUGAAGUUGAAUAUGGAGGGAAUUUCGCCUAUUGCAUAUCCAAAUUUCAGCAAGAAAAUGGAAAAACUCAUGCUACGCAUCGAGACUGUGGCCGAGAAAAUUUUACCGGUGAUACUGGAAAAGAUUCCAAGAAAAAUUGAAGUUGAUGAUAUGGAUUUGGUUCAUCAUGGGCAUGAUGUUGGAACAGUAUGUUGUAUAUAUAAGCAUUGCAGAGAUAAUAGAGAAGAUCAAUGGCCUAACUCCUUAAAAUAUGAUGUGAUUAGAAUGCUGAUUAGGGGAACGGAUUACUCACACUCAUUGGGUUUUCAUGUAUGCGAUGGAUCUACAGAGUUCCAUGUUUACUCUAAGAAAAGUUGGCUCUCUUUCUGUCCAGAAGAAGGUGCCAUUAUAAUCACCGGUGGUGAUGAAACUCAGAGAAUGAGUGAUGGGCAUUACAAGCACGUUAUUGGGAGGCCAAUAUUUAGAGGCAAGAAUGAAGACAGCAUUUCAAUGGCCUUCCUCUAUCAUCCUACCGAUGUCAAAAACGAUAUUCAAACCAAUAGUGGAAGAACUAUUUCACCUGCUCAGCAAGCCAUUUUGGCUAUAAUUUUGACCAUUAUGUAUCAUAUUCUGAUUUUUGUAACCAAAUUUUUGAACUAGUUAAAUGUGACUUUGUCAAUUUAUACAAGAGG